AUGUACAGUGCUCCCUCUUGCGAUGAAGUUGCUGCUUUAAUUGUUGGCGAUUUUGAUUCGUCGGAUCAUGGUCGUGACAUUAUUGUUCGAUCUACUGCUGGUCGGUUGCAACGUAUAUAUGAAACUCAUGCUCUAUAUUGGCCCUUACAGUAUCCUCUGUUGUUUCCAUAUGGUGAGGAUGGUUAUCAGUUGAACAUUGGUUAUCGAGGUGAACAGUCUGGAUAUAUUCCUGGAAGGAGAACAAGAGUUUCUCUCAGGGAAUUCAUAUGUUUUCGUCUGCAGAUUAGGGAGCAUGAAGAUGGAAUUAUUCACAAGUGUAGGCGGUUGUUUCAACAAUUUGUUGUUGAUUGUUUCACGAUGAUUGAGUCCCAGAGGUUGUAUGAGAUUAGAAUGAAGCAAAGUACAAUUAGAGGAGAAGUUCUUCAAGGAAUAGAGGAGGCUAUGCGUCGUGGUGAUGAUGAGGCUUCUUCAAUUGGGACACGAAUUAUUUUGCCUUCCUCCUUCACUGGUGGUAAACGUUAUAUGUUUAACCGUUGUCAGGAUGCCAUGGCAAUUUGUAAACAUUUUGGCUAUCCAGAUUUAUUCCUAACUAUUACAUGUAAUCCAAAUUGGCCUGAAUUCCAGCGGUUCACAGAGCGAGAGCGAAUUCCCAUCGCUGAUCGUCCUGAUAUCUCUUGUCGUGUUUUUCAUGCUAAGUUGAAGUGCCUCCUUAGCGAUUUGAAGGAAGGUGUGUUUUUUGGUCCACUUAAUGCAGGUAUGUAUACUAUUGAGUUCCAAAAAAGAGGUCUACCUCAUGCACACAUGUUACUCUGGCUUAAUGGAGAAAGCAACUUACAAAGUGUCGAAAUUGUUGAUGAAUUCAUUUGUGCUGAGUUACCCAAUCCACAAAAAUUUCCAUCUCUUUAUAAUGUUGUCACCAAGUACAUGAUCCAUGGUCCCUGUGGUGCACUUAGACCGAGUUCUCCUUGCAUGAAAGAUGGUAAGUGCUCAAAAUUUUAUCCAAAAAGAUUCGUUGACCAAACGAGUUUUGAUGAAGAUGGGUAUCCAAUAUAUAGACGUCGUAAUAUGGGUGUGACAGUAAAAAUCAACGAUGUUGAUAUUGACAACAGAUUUGUUGUGCCAUAUAAUCCGCUAUUGUUGAUGAAAUAUCAAGCUCACAUAAAUCUUGAGUUUUGUAACAAGUCAAAUGUCAUUAAGUAUCUUUUUAAGUAUGUUAAUAAGGGUCCAAAUCGGGUGACUGCAACUGUUGGAGAAAGAUAUGAUGUUGGUGAAUCUUCUCAGGUGGUUGAUGAGAUCAAACAGUAUUAUGAUUGUCGUUAUUUGUCACCUUCUGAAUCCAUGUGGAGGAUUUUUGCUUACGAUAUUCAUCAAAGAUGGCCGUCGGUACAGAGGUUGACUUUUCACUUGCCAAACCAGCAACAUGUUGUAUUCGAUGAUGCUGAUAGCACUACUCAUGUUUAUUUGCGCAACAAAGAUUUGCUUACGAUGUUUACGGGUUGGAUGAUGGCCAAUAGGCGGUUCACGGAGGGGCGGUCUCUAACAUAUGUUGAAUAUCCAGGUAAAUUUGUAUACUGUUUGAAGAGCAGGGAGUGGAAACCAAGACAGAGGGGAUUCUCUAUUGGAAGACUGAGUUUCGCUCAUCCCUCCUCCGGUGAACUUUUCUACCUGCGGAUGCUUUUGAAUGUGCAGAGAGGUUGUACCAGUUUUCGAAGUAUAAGAACUGUGAAUGGUGUUACUUAUGAUACAUUUUCUUCCUCCGCAGCUUCCUACCGAUGUGGAGUCCGGAAAGGAUCUUGA